AUGGUUAAAUCAUAUUUGAGGUAUCUACCUGAAGCAUCUUAUGGGAUUUUAUGCUCUCCUAAUUACUCUAAUGGAGCUUUAUUAUUAUCUACUGAUUUAAAUAACCCAAGAAAAUAUGGGAUUACUAUUUCAGGUGAAAUAAUUUUAAUUUUAGAUUUAGAAAAAGGUAUAAUAUAUAAAAAAUUGAAGUUAGAUAUAGGAGACAAUAUAUAUUCAGUAGAAGGAAUAUCUUCUACAAUACAUUAUGUAACAUCUUUAUGUAGACAUCCAACAAAAAGUGAUAUAAUAGCAGCAGGAUAUUCAGAUGGAAGUGUUAGAAUAUGGAAUAUAGAACAAGGAGAUAUUAUACAUAUAUUUCAUGGUCAUAAAAAGAGUAUAUCUGUUUUAAGAUUUUGCAAAAUUGGUCAUUAUUUAGCAACUGGAAGUUAUGAUACUGAUAUUAUUAUAUGGGAUAUAUUAAGUGGUACUGGUUUACAUCGUUAUAUAGGUCAUAUAAAUGAAAUUACAGACAUACAAUUCCUUCAUAAAAUAAAAUUAUGGGAUUCAUAUGAGGAAAAUAAUAAUAUUGUGAAAUUAGAGGAAACUCCACAUAUUUUAAUAUCUUCUAGUAAAGAUGGAACAGUUAAAUUAUGGGAUAUAACUGGGGAAUUUUGCCUUCAGACUCUUACUCAACAUAAAGGAGAAAUAAACUCAAUUUUAGUUCAUCCUUUAUGUAAUCGUAUUAUUGUAGCAGGAACAAGCCAAAAUAUUACAUUGUAUAGAUUAAAUUCAAAUGUUACAGGUAUCCCUAAAGAAAAACUUUUACCAAAUGAUAGAGUAACUAAAGUAGAUAAUAAUAAAGAUUCUGAUGAUAUGAAUAAUACAUCAAUAUUUGCAGAAUAUCAUGGUAGUAUACCAAGAAUUACAACUGGAAAUAAUACUAAAAUCACGAAAUUAGCUGCUAAAUGGUUUAAUUAUGCUGAAAAUUCAUUAGAUUUAACUGAUGAUUAUUCUGGUUUGAUAUUUGCAUUUUCCUCUAAAAAUUCUAUAGAAACAUUUGGUUAUUUGGGAUAUUCCAGAAUUACACAAAGAAUUAAGAAAUUUCUAAAAAGGAAAUCUAAGAAAGAUCCUGAUUUGGGAAAAUUAGAUGAUAUCAAUAAUAAUGAAUUAUUAUUUGGUAACUAUGAAAUAUUAACAUUUCCAAAAAUGCUUUUACUUCCCGAAGAGGAAAUAAUUGGAACACGUCUAAUCAGUAUUGAUUAUCAAUCUUGGAAUAAUUCUUUUUUAACUUGUUUAGCAAAUAAUACAAUAAAGUAUAUUCAGAUUGAAGAGUCAGUUAUAAAUAAUUGGAGAUCAAAACUAGAUAAAUCUAAAGGAAAUGAUAAUGAAUAUGGAGAUAUAGAGGAUUCUAAUAUAUGCUGUAAUAUUUUAAGAAGAAUAGAAAUAGAGGGGCAUCGUGGUAUUCCUAGAGCACUAGAAAUUUCACUAGAUGAUAAGUUUAUUGUCUCUUUUGGUGAUGAUAGUAUAAAGGUUUGGAAUAUGGCUACAUUCUCUUGUGUAAGAUCUAUAAUGGCAGAAUCCCCAGUUUGUGGGUUUAUUGUACCUGGAAAUGAAUAUACUGUAAGUGGAACAAAGUCUGCAAGUAUACAAUUACAUAGUCUUCUAAAUUGUUCUUUAGAACAAUCUUUAGAUAAUGCUCAUGAAGGUUCAAUACAAGCAAUUGCUCUUCAUCCAAAUAAAGUUACUUUUGCUUCUGUAGGGCAAGAUAAGAAAUUGAAUAUAUAUAAUCUUAAAAUGAAAGAUUCUGGAAUAAAAGGCCAAUAUUCGUUAUUUUUCAAACUUCAGAAUUCAAUUCCCUUAAUAGAUGAAGGACUUACAAUAUCUUAUACCUCAGAUAGUCGUUAUCUUAUAGUGUCAUUAUUAGAUAAUACAUUACAAGUUUUAUAUACUGAUACAUAUAAACAGUUCCUAGUUUUAUAUGGUCAUAAACUUCCAGUACCUUGUAUGGAUGUUUCAUCUGAUAGUACAAUAUUAGUUACUGGUAGUGCUGACAAAACUAUAAAAAUAUGGGGAUUAGAUUUUGGUAAUAUUCAGCGUUCUUUUUUUGCUCAUGAAGAAUGUAUAACUCAAGUAAAAUUUAUAUAUGAUACUCAUUAUGUAGUUAGUACAGCUCGUGAUGGAUCACUGAAGAUUUGGGAUAUUGAUACUGGAGAUUUAAUUACUGUAUUACACAAGAAGUCAACAUAUGGACUUGUUCCAAUAGUAAGUUUAGCUUUAUCACUUGAUGGAGAUCGUAUUAUAUGUGGAAAUUUGGAUCGUUCCAUGAGAAUAUGGAGAAGAAGUGAAAGACAACUUUUUUUACAGGAAGAAAGAGAAAAGGAUAUGGAAGAACAAUUUCAACAAGAAAUAUUAAGAGAUGAUAUAUUAAAUGAAAUUUCAAAUCCAGCAGUAUUUAUGAUGAGACCUACUAGAAAAACUAUAGAAUCAAUUCAAUCAACAGAAAAACUCAUGGAAAUUAUUGAUAUUGCAUACAAUUAUUAUGUUGAUCUAUGUAAAUGGAUAAAAGCAGAAAAGGAAGCUAAUGAAGAUAGUUUAAAAAAAGUACAUAUUACACCUCCUAAAUGUCCAUUAGAGAUUAAAGAUAAAAAUUUAUAUGAAUAUAUAUAUAAAUCUAUCCAAUGUAUAUCUUCAAAUUAUCUAACAGAAGUUAUUUGGUCCUUACCAUUACUAUAUGCAGAAAAAUUACUAAUUUUAAUUGAACAAGUACUAAAAAGUAUAUAUGAUCAAUAUAUAUCUUAUGGAAUGAAUAACUCAGCUGUAAAAUUACAAUCUGAAAAUAAUAAGGAUAUUGAAAAUAUUGAACAAGAAUUUCUUUGUAUUAAUAUUGAACCAUUAGUUAGAGUUGUAUUAUACUUAGUUCAAACUCACUUUGUACAUUGGAUAAGUCUAAUGAAUAGUAUUACUCCUCAAAUAGCUCCUGAAGGUGAAGAUUAUAAUUAUGGGAAUUGGUCAAAUGUCAAUGACCCAAGAUUAAUUAGAACUCUAAAUUAUAAUAUCAGAGCUGUUCUUUCAAAUCUUAAUAAAUAUCUUCAUAUUUUAAUUCAUUAUCAAAUUAAUGUAGCAUCUUUAAAUAAUAGUGUUUUGAAAGUUCUUGAAAAAGAAAGUUUAAAUGGAAAAAUUUCUGAUUUAAUUACUGAAUCUAAUUCUAAACGUAAAAGUAUUCCUAAAAAUAAGCCUAGUAAAAGAAACAAAACUUAA